UCUACUGACAUUAAAUGACGUUAAAAGGAAUUCAAAAGUUGUUAGUGUUCUUACCGGUCUCGUGUGUUCAACUCCUGUGCUGUAGUUUUUAAAGUUUUAACAUUUUAUUAUUUUAUUUACUUGAAUCAAGUCAUAAUGUGUGACGUAAAGCGUCAAUUAUCUAAAAUGAACGAGUUUGAUGAAGAAAUUUUCAAGGGCAAGCCAUGGGCCGAAAAACUCCUGGCAGACUCGAUAAGCAGCACAAAAAGGGCGGUGUCAAACUGGUGCGAUAUCGUGUGCAAAAUCGGCGAAGCCGAUUUAGACCUGGACCAAUACGUAAAGAUUUUCAUCCACCAGAUUGAAAAUCUUUAUGAGGACUUAAUUGCCGACAUGGACACUAUCCAAGAAAAAACCUACGACCAAAUCAUGAAAUCGCUGCAAAAACUGGAGGAUUUAUGCCGCGACUUGCACCUCCAAAUCCCCACAUUUAACUACGAGGGGAUCCCCUUGUGCGAGCUCCACCGCCAAAUCAGCCUAAAAGUGGAAGAGUACGAAGUUUUGGCACAAAUUAGGCGUCGUGAGCUGUCGGAGUUAAGCCAGAAACAAGUCAAACUGUGUGCCAGUCUGGGGCGGGCACCCAGACCGCUCGAGGAGUCUCCGCUGCCUCUGCCUAGCCAACUGGAGGAUUUCAGGGCAUACGUUGAGGGCUUGGAGACCGAAGCCCUCGAGCGUGAAGAAAUCUUCUUCCAGUUGAAAGAAAAAAUCGUAGAGAUUGUCACCGAAUUGGACGUUUGCCCCAAUCUCGAGUUCGAAAAAGACCUUUUAAACUUGACUAACACUCAAGUCAUGAUCACGGACGCCGAGAUGGCCCAACUGCGGGAGUUCCACGACCAGUUGGUCACACGACUAUCAAGUGUGAAGGAAGAGAUUGGAGAAUUGAGGAGCAAAAUCGACGACUUGUGGAAAAAACUUGAGAUUGAUAUGGUUGAGCGGGAUAUUUUCCUACAAAACAACACCGGUCAUUCAUUAAAGACGCUCGAUGCCCUCAAAAUUGAGUUAAAUCGGUUAGAGGAGAUGAAAAAGGCCAACUUGAGGAAUUUUAUUGAAAAACAACGAGCCGAGUUGGUGGAAUUGUGGGACAAGUGCCAUUGCACUCAAGAACAGCGGGAUGUCUUCACUUUUUAUCACUCGGAGUGUUUUAAUGAAGAUCUAUUUGAGUUACAUGACCGCGAAAUCGAAAAGUGGAAGCGGUAUUAUGAAGAGCACAUCGACAUUUUUACACUACUUGAAGAAUUUAAGCAAUUGUGGGCCGAACAUCUCGAACUGGAAAUGAAUUCCGGCGGCGCUAACCGAUACAAAAAUCGCGGAGGGCUACUCUUACUCGAGGAGAAAAAUCGCAACAAACUCAAAAAACAACUUCCACUAGUCGAAGAAUCGCUUCGAAAUUUGGCACAAGUGCACUAUUUGCGUAUUGGACAGGAAUUUUACACUUUUGGACAAACUAUACCAGAUUAUAUCCAACAAUUGCACCAGGACAAGGAAAAGGAAUUUAAGCAAAAAUUAAGCGCCAAGAAACAGCAAAGGGAGCAGCAGUCGCAUCGUAUGGUCACUCCUACGUCAUUAACCCCUCGUCAUUGCUCCAAACGUAAAGUUCCGGGCACUACGAUGACAGAGCCGCCCAAAAAGGCGAAAAUUUCGGUUAAGAAGGAAGUGUGCAAGACGGGUUUGCCGAAAUUGAACAUUUCAAAGACUAGGAAUCGUCGCAAGUCGGCCCGGAGGGAGCGAUUAAGGCAAAGACUGUCAUUUAACAGGAGUUCUGAUAAAGAAAAUCAAAAUGUGGGGGAGGUUUCGACCAGUUAUCACGAUUUUGAGAAGGAAAUUUCCGGAAAAGAAGGCUGGCGAAGUACCACAUUUGGAGUUAAAGUCACCAAUCCUGAGGGAAUUUCUAUCAAAAAUGAGAAGUUUCUUGUUCCUGGAGAGCUGCCCAAGACUCCGAGGCCGAAGAAUACGUCCAGAUUUUAAUCUGUUUUGUUUUGUAUUAUUUUUAUUUUUAAACUGUAAGUUCAUUUGUUUUAAACUUUUUGUAUUAUAUACUGUAUUAACGAAGUUUUAAGUUGUGUAGGUGCUCUUCUAUUUUUGUUAAAAAAUUAAAAAUAUAUUUAUAACAUACUCAAA